AUGUUGAUCCGUUGGGCGAAGGCAUUGGCCAUUGCUGCUGUCUUCGGGCAUGCACUGGCUGCUUCUCCGCCGAUUAACGUUGAGCUCAAGGCAUAUUUCGGCUCCUCGGAUCUGUUGCUAGAAAUUCUGGAAAAUGUUGCUCUUCACAAUACAUCAGCCUACGCACAUCUCCUCGAUGCUAUCAUCGCUUCACCCGUUCAGCUGUCAACGCCAGCCGAAAUCUACGACUAUGCAUUUGCAUUGAUACGAGAAGGAGGGUUGCUGGAUGAUAACCAAAUCACGAAUGUGGAAUUCAACUUGGCGUUAAGGUCCGCCAGUCCUCGUGUCGAAGCUGCACGAGAGGUCUGCCGAGGAAAGAAGGGCAUUUGGAGUGAAGGUGACGACGUUGUCGUGACUGUCGCAGGGAAGAAGUCAAACCACGACCUUGCGUCCGAUUACUACGCCUACCAUUCUGGUCAUAUCGCGUCAUUGAUCCUCGAUGAGUCAGAUAGCGCUUCUCAACUGGAGCCUACUGACAGGACUCUGGGCCAGGCUGUGGACGGGAAGCAAACUGCGGUGAUUCACGCGUCUAGCAUAUUGAGUGACACGUUCCGGAAGUGGUAUGAAGUUCUACGAAAGCUCAACAAGGAAGGAGCUGCGAAUAUUGCGUUGAGAUACUGUCCUGGGCCGGCUUCAGCGGGGGAGAGUGUGGAUUUGAGCGGUUGGGGUGUCGAGCUCGCGCUCAAGAAGACGGAUUAUAUUGUUAUUGACGAUAGGAGUGUCGCAUCUGCGGACGAACCAUCAACCUCGGAGGAAGAAACGUUCGAGACAUCUGACAUUACGCCUAUUCCUUCCUCCGCCAUUCCAAACCUCGCUCUGUUGGCUACGCACGAGAUCACGCAUGCUGAUGAUCCACUUAGCCGUCUCGUCGAGCUUUCGCAGAACUUCCCGAUGCUCGCCCCCGCGCUGGCUCAGAAGAAGGUGACAGGUCUUCAGCACACCGUGCGCGAGGUCAAGCGUCUGGGACAAGAGCUCCGGCUGCCGGCAGGUCACUCCCAAUUCUGGAUAAACGGGAAGAGCGUUCCGGAGACGGAGGUUUGGGGACACAAGUUGAUUGAGAUGAUGCGAGAGGAGGGUAACGUGAUGAAGUCUCUUAUGAAGUUAGGGUUGUCACCCGCACAGGCCCGAGAGAUAUUGGCGCACCCGAAGUUCGUGGAAGCUGCGGAGGAAGCGGCGCCAAUCCGUUUCGAUUUCCGGGUUGAAGCUGAUGAGAACGACAAUUCUCCCAUCAUCUGGUUGAAUGACCUCGAAGACCGUACGCAUGAGUACUACGGGCGAUGGACAAGAUCAGUACAGACACUUCUCCGCCCUCUACGACCCGGUCAGAUCCACCCCAUCGCCAAGAACAUCCAUACCGCGAUUCUCCCCGUCGACCUUGAAAACCCUGCUGACCUCGCCAUCCUGGGUCGCGAGAUCGGGACGUACAUUCAGCGCGGUCUGCCUGUAAGAUGGGGUAUUCUGCCGUACAACCACGGGCCUAUCACCAAGGUAUGGAAGUACCUUCGCGAGGAGGUCAGUGAUGCUGCAGCAUGGGCGUGGGUUAGGACAAUUGUGUUGGAGGGCGUCAAGGCCGACGCGUCACUGUAUAAGCAGAUCGUACAGGGCAAACCGGAUGCUAAGAAGUUUGACGAUAUCGUCAAAGGCUGUGUGUCCAGCUUUGCGUCAGCUGAGUGGAUGGAGAAGCUUGGCAUCAAUCAUGAUAUCGAUUCCACGUCCGCAAACAUUGUUAUCGCCAACGGUCGCGUAGUUCCUCGUGAUGAGGCUUGGCCGGGAAGGAUGUAUGGGUAUAUCCAGGAGGAUGUUGCUAGGCUUAUGGAAGCCAUUGCUGAAGGUUGGAUCAAUGACGAGACUGAUGUUGUGGACUAUCUCCUCCAGGGAUCUUUCAAGACGCGGAAUACACGUAUCUUCCCGGCUGAUGAGAGUGGAGUUGUCAACGUCAACCAGCUCGAGCUCGAGGAGAGGUUAUCCGUGGCAGGGGUCAGCCCGAGCAGCUUGCCUACUAUCCGCGCUUCGGAGUAUGAUGGGCCGGUCUGUAGUCACACCGUGAUAUAUGUCAUCGCGGACUUCUUGUCCGGGCAGGGAUGGGCCCACGCGCUUGAAGCACAAAAAUUCAUUCGGACUGUGUCGGAGGAAUCUGAAGGCAGCCGGGCUCUCGUACGUCUCGUUCACAAUCCUUACCCCACCAACCCGCAUGGCUCGGCUUCAGCGGAUUGGUUGUCCGCUCUACAGAGUUUAGGAGUGGAACUCGAAAGCACUGAUACUACCGCCAGCGAUUGGAAGCUUACAUCUGGCUUCGUCAACAAGCUCGGGCUGAAGAGGGGUCAGGCGGCUGUAGUAAUCAACGGACGGGUAAUCUACGGUGAUGAAACUGAGAUCUUGCACUUGGUCGCCGAUGAAGACGGCAAUUGGGUGAAGCAGCCAUGGUUUAGCGAAGAGGACUUCGACACCCUGUACAGUGUCGAGUUGUCAAAACGUAUCGAGCCCACAAGAGAUGUUGUGGACGAGAUGGGACUGUCCCACGAGAUCGUUCCUGCAAUUUCCUCCAUCAUUGCUAAGACAUCUGCACCGAAAUCCGCAUCCGCCAUGUUCGGACCUCAGACACCCGAUAUCCGCGGCCGCUCGUACGUCAACGUCAAUGGCACCCUCACGACCUUCGACACCGGUAAUAUGGAAACAGCGAUGUAUGAGAUUGUCGCAGUUAUGGAUCCCCUGAGCCAGACGGCGCAGAAGUGGUCGGCAAUUUUGAAGGUUUUGUCCGAGAUGAAGGGCGUAUACGUCAAAGUCAUCCUAAACCCGAACACCAAAUUGACCGAGUUGCCGAUUAAAAGAUUCUAUCGACAUGUUUUGGAGGCCAGAUUGAAUUUCGAUGGAAAUGGGAACAUCGUCACACCAUCUGCGGACUUCUCCGACAUCCCGACUGAUCCACUCUUGACGUUAGGCAUGGACGUCCUUCCCGCGUGGCAUGUCACCCCCAAGAUUUCGGAACACGACCUCGACAAUAUCCGGCUUGCAUCACUUUCCUCAUCUCAGACUGCACGAGGUGUAGAAGCGGUUUACGAGCUCAGGUACAUCCUCAUCGAUGGACAUGCACGGGACGUAACGACCAACACCCCUCCUCGCGGUAUGCAGCUCGUGCUUGGGAAAGAGGGAGACCUUGGUGUAGAGUGGGAGCAGGAUACGAUGGUCAUGGCUAACUUGGGGUACUUCCAGUUCAAGGCUAGACCUGGCGUGUGGAGGUUAGGAGUAAAAGAGGGACGGAGUCAGGAGGUUUUUGACAUCGAGAGUGUCGGUGGUGAAGACGGGCAUGAUAAAGUUGUGAUGGCGAGUUUGGAGGGGAGGACGCUGUUUCCGAGGGUCAAGAGGAAGGCUGGGAUGGAGAAGGAGGAUGUCCUUGCGGAGCCUGAGAAAUCUCUCACGCAGCAGCUGACCAACAUCGUGAAAGGAUGGUUUGAUCGUGGUGGGAAUAAGGUGAGCAAGAAGAAGCAGGCAACGAUCAACGUGUUUAGUGUCGCGAGUGGACGCUUAUACGAGCGCUUCCUGGGGAUCAUGAUUCGAAGUGUGUUGGACCAUACGGAGGAAACGGUGAAGUUCUGGUUCAUCGAGAACUUUCUGUCGCCGUCAUUUAAGGAUUUUUUACCGCACCUCGCUGAAGAGUUCGGGUUCGAGUAUGAAUUGGUGACGUACAAGUGGCCACACUGGCUCCGAGGUCAAUCCGAAAAACAGCGCGAGAUCUGGGGUUACAAAAUCCUCUUCCUCGACGUUCUCUUUCCCCUCGACCUUGACAAAAUCAUCUUCGUCGACGCCGACCAAGUGGUCCGCGCAGACCUCAAAGAACUGAUCGACAUCGAUCUCCAAGGCGCACCAUACGGCAUGGUCCCCAUGGGCGACUCCCGCGCCGAAAUGGAAGGAUUUAGGUUCUGGAAACAGGGAUGGUGGAAAUCACAUCUGAGGGGGAAACCAUACCACAUCUCCGCACUCUACGUUGUCGACCUCAACCGCUUCCGUACCCUCGCCGCCGGUGACCGCCUCCGUCAGCAAUACCAAACCCUCUCCGCAGACCCCAACUCCCUCUCCAACCUCGACCAAGAUCUCCCGAAUAACAUGCAGCACCAAAUCCCGAUUUACUCGUUGGGGGAGGAAUGGUUGUGGUGUGAGACGUGGUGUAGUGAUGAAACGCUGAGACGGGCGAAAACGAUUGAUUUGUGUAAUAAUCCCUUGACGAAGGAGCCCAAGUUGGAGAGGGCGAGGAGGGUUGUUGGGGAGUGGGUCGAGUUGGAUGAGAGGGUUGCGGAGGUUGCAAGGAAGGUCAGAGAGGGGGGAUUGAAUGUGGAGAAGGAGGGGCACGAUGAGUUGUGA